UUUAAUUAUAACAAAAAAAAAAGAAAAAUAGCGGAUAAUUGGUUCUCCUUGCCUCGCGUCGCUUCCUUUCUACCGCUACUUGUUCACUUCUCUUCCAUUUUCAUGGCGUUAGGGUUUCAUUCAACUUAGACGCAUUGUUUUCUCCAAUUCCCAACUAUGAUUCUCUCACUACCAUCACCUUCUACUUUUCCCGCUAACUUCGUCCUUCCUCUCUCACGCUGCACUUCUUGCUUUCAAUUCGACCUUCCUUUUCAACCUUCCAACCGUUUCACUUCUUUUAAGUGGAUUCGUAAUGCAAGAUCAACCGGGAGAAGAAGGAUUGCUUGUAGUAUGUCUGAGCCUAACGGUGAUAACGAGGAGCGUUAUGAUGUGUCUGAGCCUAACGGUGAUAACGAGGAGGAGAAAGAAGCACAUAAAAAUGGAGAAACACAAUCUUUGGAGGAUUCCUUUGAGCAAAGUAACCCUCCGACUGUAGAUGCAGAACAACUAAACAAGUUUAGUGAUGAAAAUACGGAUCAAACUGAUGUGCAGAAUACAGAUAACAUAGAAGUUACCAGUGGAUCACCUCUGCCAGGUGUGAAGCUUCAGCAACUGGGUGAUGUAAUAAAACUUCCGAAGGAAACAAUCGAUAUCCUUAAAAAUCAAGUGUUUGGCUUUGAUACUUUUUUUGUAACAAGCCAAGAUCCUUAUGAGGGUGGAGUGUUGUUCAAGGGAAAUCUGCGAGGGAAAGCUUCUAAAAGUUAUGAUAAAAUAUCAAAGAGAUUGCAAGAUAAAUUUGGAGAUACAUACAGGCUUUUCCUUCUAGUCAAUCCUGAGGACGAUAAGCCGGUGGCAGUGGUCGUUCCAAGAACUACCUUACAACCGGAGACAACUGCUGUACCUGAGUGGUUUGCUGCUGGAUCUUUUGGACUGGUCACAGUGUUUACAUUACUACUUCGCAAUGUUCCCACUUUACAAUCCGAUUUAUUAUCAACUGUUGAUAAUCUGAACUUGUUAAAGGAUGGCCUACCUGGAGCCCUUGUUACUGCACUUAUUCUGGGGGUACAUGAACUUGGUCACUUCCUAGUUGCCCAAAACACUGGAGUUAAGCUUGGGGUCCCGUACUUUGUUCCUAGUUGGCAGAUAGGCUCUUUUGGUUCCAUUACAAGGAUAAGAAGCAUAGUAUCUAAUCGUGAAGAUUUGCUCAAAGUUGCAGCUGCUGGACCAAUAGCUGGCUUUACAGUUGGUCUCGUGCUUCUACUUCUAGGUUUUGUUAUACCUCCAAGUGACGGUAUUGGUGUUGUUGUUGAUGCUUCUGUGUUUCACGAAUCAUUUCUUGCUGGCGGCAUUGCAAAGCUGCUUCUUGGUAACGUUCUGAAGGAAGGAGCUCCAAUUUCUGUCAACCCUCUUGUGAUUUGGGCUUGGGCAGGACUCCUUAUCAAUGCCAUCAACAGUAUUCCUGCCGGAGAGCUCGAUGGAGGGAGAAUUUCUUUUGCCAUAUGGGGUAGAAAGGCUUCAAGUCGCUUCACAGGAUUUUCAAUUGUGUUGCUUGGACUCUCAUCACUGCUCAAUGAUGUAGCUUUCUACUGGGUAGCUCUUAUAUUUUUCUUGCAAAGAGGUCCAAUUGCUCCUCUAUCCGAAGAAAUAACUGAUCCUGAUGAUAAAUAUGUUGCUCUUGGAGUAACAGUUUUGCUCUUAGGCUUGUUAGUCUGCUUGCCAUAUCCUUUUCCCUUUAUAGACGAAACCCUCGCAAGUUUCUAGAAACAGUGGCCACAUAAACUCUGGCACCACCACUUUAGAGUGCUAGUGCAUAAAUAUUUUUUGGAAAUUAUCACCCUCAAAAUUCUAGGCUGCAAACGUAACAGUUUUGUAAUUUAUAAUUCAUUAAUGAAUGGGCGAUUUUUUUGUCUGGUUUAUAAGAAAA